AUGGCGUCCCCGACGAUCAUUCUGAGAUUCGAGAGCCGAAACGGCCAGUUUCGAUUGAACGUUAGCCCUCAAGAUCUGUUUCCAUCUCUCCAGGAAAAGAUUUUGGAGCGCCUCCCUCCCGAUGUCCAACCCUCUUCCAUCAACCUUUCCAAUAAACCUAUCGGUGCUGGUGGUGAAGAGAGGAGUUUGAGCACACUAGAUGGUGUUUCUUUUGAGCAGGUUGGCCUGAGACACGGAGACAAACUUUAUAUUGGGUAUCAGCUCAAGCAAGCUCUGGCAGACGGUGUUAGUAAUGGAGACACAUCCACUCCACCCUCUAGACGUCUGAAUGGAGCUCCUAUACCGCAAGACACAACGUCAUCUUCUCGACUCCCUUCUAACAACGACGCUUCCGUAUCGAUUAAGAACCCAUGGGAAGUGAUCAAGCAAUCACCGCUGGACGACCUCCUGGAUAAAAAGGACGGUAAAAUCCAGCGCCCCCGUGAUAUAAAGAUGUGCAGACAUGGUGCAAAAGGCAUGUGCGACUAUUGCAUGCCGCUGGAACCAUACGACCCAAAGUACCUGGCAGAGAAAAAGAUUAAACACCUUUCGUUCCACUCAUAUUUGCGCAAAAUCAACGCUGCAACUAAUAAAGCUGAACUCAAAAGCUCCUUCAUGCCACCCCUCAAUGAGCCAUACUAUCGGGUAAGACCCGAUUGCCCGUCUGGGCAUCCCCCUUGGCCAGAGGGCAUCUGCACCAAAUGCCAACCGAGCGCAAUCAGUUUGCAGCCCCAAGAAUACCGUAUGGUUGAUCAUGUAGAAUUCUCUACUCCAGACCUCAUCAACUCGCUGCUUGACUUCUGGAGAAAGUCGGGCACCCAACGUUUAGGGUUUCUUUACGGCACGUUCGAGGAGUACACCGAAGUUCCCCUCGGAGUUAAGGCUGUGGUUCAAGCAAUCUAUGAACCUCCACAGGUGGAUGAGAUUGACGGAGUCACCCUUCAUGAAUGGGAAAACGAAAAGGAAGUCAACGAAGUGGCGCGUCUGUGUGGUUUAGAGAAAGUUGGGGUUAUCUUCACUGAUUUACUUGACGCUGGGAAAGGAGAUGGUUCCGUUAUUUGCAAAAGACAUAUAGAUUCUUACUAUCUAUCAUCUUUGGAGAUUUCAUUUGCCUCACGGUUGCAGGCCCAGCAUCCAAAGGCAACUAAGUGGAGUCGAACUGGUCAUUUUGGCUCUAACUUUGUUACAUGUGUUCUCAGUGGCGAUGAGGAGGGUGCUAUCACUGUUAGCUCCUACCAAGCUUCGAUCGCUGCAGUUGAGAUGGCAAGGGCCGAUCUAAUUGAGCCCUCUGCGGAACCUUCUGUGAUGCUGGUACAGUCGGAAGAAGAUUCAGACAGCAAGUCGAGGUACAUUCCGGAGGUUUUCUACCGAAAGAUCAAUGAAUAUGGAGUAUCUGCUCAGGUAAACGCGAAACCAAGCUUCCCGGUCGAGUAUCUCUUUGUUACUUUGACACACGGUUUCCCAACGGAGUCAUCUCCUCUUUUUGUUGACAGUACAUUCCCCAUUGAAAAUCGGGAGGUCAUCGGCGAGAGCCAGGAGCUCCGUUCGCUGGCGAAGAAGCUUGUCUCUCACAGGGACCCAGAUAAAGCCAUCCGAGCCGUGUCCGAUUUCCAUAUUUUAUGCUUCCUUCGUUCCUUGUCUACCUUUAACAAGGAUGAAGAAGCACUUCUAUGCCGCGUAGCGACGUCGAAGAGCCCUACAGACGGCCUGCAGCUCAUCAACACACCCGGAUGGGCAACUUUGGUCACUAUUCUUCAGGAAACCGGUGAGCGGCCCCUUAAGCGUCCCUGGCUGAGCACGGCCGAAACUGCACGGCCUGUGUCCCAAUCUGGAAAACGUUACUUUCCCUCACGGGCUGAGUCUCCCAAAUCUGAAAGUGAACAACUUGCUAAGAGGUUUAAGGGAGCUAGUCUGAGAUGA